AAAAUGGCAGCUCACAGAUGCGGGUUGUCUCUAGCAUUCAUUUUGAUUUUCUCCUGUAUAGCUCACCUCGGCAUUGCUGACACGCUCGAAAAAGCAAACGACACAACAGGAGAAAAACUAAGCGCUUCAGACGCGCCGCGAGAGGUUAAUACCGACGCUGAAAGUGUCGAUCUGAAUGAAAGGCAGUGGCAGAAGACUGAUGUGGAGCCAGACACAAGAGAUGAUCCAGAAAACAGCCCGUCGUUCAGACCAGCACCAGCAAAAGAUCAGUUCGAGGAGGAGCUGGUCAUCCGGCCUCUGCACUCCGGCGACAUCUAUGCCAGUUUCCAGUUCCGCACACUCUGGGAUGUUGACUUCCAGCAAGAGGGACAGAAAGCUUCUCAUUACCGGCUGUUCCCCAAAUCCCUGGGCCAAGUGCUGUCCAAGUUUUCCGUGCGUGAGCUGCACAUCUCCUUCACACAGGGCUACUGGAGGACCAUGCAGUGGGGGCAGCCCUUCAUCGCCUCUCCUCCUGGAGCAGAGCUCUGGGUCUGGUUUCAUAACACCGUCAGCGAUGUGGAUGGAAACUGGAGGGAACUUACCAACGUCCUCUCUGGAAUCUUCUGUGCAUCUCUGAACUUCAUUGACCUGACUAACACAGUGCAGCCCAGUGCUUCCUUCAAACCGCUGGGUCUGGGAAAUGUUACAGAUCACAGUUUUUUACGUUAUGCGACGCUGCCACGGGAAAUCGUCUGCACUGAAAAUCUGACACCCUGGAAGAAACUUCUGCCUUGUGGUUCAAAGGCAGGUCUGGCGGUUCUCAUGAAAUCAGAGAAGCUUUUUCACAGCAGUUUCCACUCCCAAGCUGUUCACAUCAGACCUGUCUGUCAGGAUGAGCAAUGCACAAGUAAAGCCUGGGAGUUGAGGCAAACUCUCAAUGUGGUUUUUGAUCUCUACACUUCAGGACAAGGCAAAAAGGAAUGGUCCAUGUUCAAGAUGUUUUCUCGAACUCUGACAGAGGCAUGUCCGCUUGCUUCCUCUAGUAAAGUCUACGUGGACGUCACAGACAACCCUGAGGGGGAGCUGUUUGAACUCAGUCCUGCUACGUCUCUGCUCAGCCAGGCUGUGGUUCUGGGAGAUCGCAGGACGUAUUCAGUCUAUGACCUGACCAGAGCUGAGACAUUUGGACAGUUAAGGUCACUCAAUCUUCUGCUGCGCUGGAAAGGAGACAGCGGUGAUAUGCUGCGUCCGCUGCUGCAUGCAGAACGCUAUGUGUCCGGUUUUGGGCUCCAGACAGGAGAAAUCCACACAGUCAUCUACAAUAACCACCCAUUUCGGGCGUUUCCUGUACUGCUAAUGGAUUCAGUGCCCUGGUACCUGCAGCUGUACAUUCACACGCUCACAGUCACCAGCAAGAGCAGAGAAAACAAGCCCAGCUACAUUCACUACCAGCCGGCUAAAGACCGCCACCGUCCUCAUCUUUUGGAGAUGUUGAUUCAGCUGCCCCCCCACUCCAUGACUGAGAUCACGGUGCAGUUUGAAAGGGCUCUGCUCAAAUGGACUGAAUACACUCCUGACCCCAACCACGGCUUCUACGUCGGAUCAUCAGUGGUCAGUGCCCUCGUGCCAAGUAUGGUUGCAAUGAACACCAACUUCACACUAGACCAACCAUUGUUCAGCAGUUUUGUCCCAGUGAAGGAGGAGUCCAGCUAUUUUAUGCGUGUCUACACUGAACCCCUUCUGGUAAAUCUGCCCACUCCUGACUUUAGCAUGCCCUACAACGUCAUCUGUCUGACCUGCACGGUGGUGGCGGUGGGUUACGGCUCAUUUUACAACCUACUGACUCGCACGUUCCAGGUAGACGAGCCCAGUCCACCACUGGCCAAACGACUGGCCAACCUGAUUCGGCGUAUAAGAGGAGUGCCAUUGCUGACAUAAAUGCCCAGAGCGGCUCUGAUGCCCCCAAGUGCCCGUAUUAGGCAGCUGACAGGAUUGCGACGCGGAAAUGAUCGACAGCUGCUGGAGUUUUAGGACGCUUUUCGGCUCUGGGAGGAAGGAUUUGAUGCCAAGUAUUUGUUCUGAACAUUUGUUGAACAAAUGAGCUACCAGGACUGGAGGAUUAGCCUGAUUUUUGUUUUGUUUUGUUCUUAUUGAGUUACAUAGAUGAAGAUUAGCAACCUAUUUAUGUUUUGUUUCUUUUGUUUUGCUUUUUGAGCCCUACAAGCGAGGGUUUGCCAUCUUUUUAUAUUGUUUUGUAAAUCCUAUAAGCAAAGAUUGGCCACAUUCUUUGUUCUUUUGUUUUGGCACAUACAUAAGGAAUGCAAAAUUUGUCUGUUUGAUUUUGUUUGUUUUUAUUUUGAGUCACCUAAAUGAAGAUCAGCAGCCCCUUUUUUCUUUUCUUUUGAUUUAAUUUUGUUGUUUUAUGAGUCAGGCAGAUUGGACACUUUUAUUGAUUUAGUUUUUUUCCUUGUUUUGUUUUUAUUUCUUUUUUUUGAGUCACACGCAAAGCUUUUUGUACUUUUUAUGUUUUGAGAAACAUAAGCAAAGAUUGUCCAUCAUUUUGUUUUUUGUCACAAGCAAAGGUUGUUAUUUUGUUUUGCUAGUGUUUGUUUUAACUUGAGUCACGUAAGCAAAGAUUGAUCAUCUUUUUGUUUUGUUUUUUGUCACAGGCAAAGAUUGUCGAUCGUUUUGUUUGGCUGGUGUUUGUUUUGAUCUGGUUCACGUAAGCAAAGAUUGACCAUCUUUUGGUUUUUGUUAGUUUUUUUUGUCACAUGAGCAAAUAUUGUCCAUCAUUUUGUUUUGAUUUGAGUCACGCAAGCAAAGAUUGACCAUCGUAUUGUUUUUUUUUUGUCACAGGCAAAGAUAGUACUUCAUUUUGUUUUGGUUGUGUUUGUUUCGAUUUGGUUCAUGUAAGCAAAGAUUGAUCAUCUUUUGUUUUUUCAAAAAAAUGUCCAUUUUGUUUCAUUGUUUGUUUUAAUUUGAGUCACAAGCAAAGAUUGACCAUCUUAUUGUUUUUUUCUCACAAGAAAAGAUUGUCCAUCACUUUCUUUUGCUAGCGUUUUUGUUUAGUUUUUUUUGCUAGAGUUUUGUUUUCUCUUUUUUUAAGUCACAGGAGAAGCUUGUCCCUUUUUUGUACUUUUUAUGUUUUGAGAAACGGCAAAGGUUGUCCUUUAUUUUAUUUUGGUUGUGUUUGUUUGGAUUUGAGUCAUGUAAGCAAAGUUUGAUCAUCUUUUUUGCUUUUGUUUUGUUUUGUUUUUUUGUGACAAGCUAAGAUUGUCCAUUUUGUUUUGCUAGUGUUUGUUUUGAUUUGGUCUACGUAAUCAAGGAUUUUCCAUCUUUUAUUUUAGUUUUUCUUGUCACAAGCAAAAAUUGUCCAUUUUGUUUUGUUAGAGUUCGUUUUAACUUGAGUCACAAGCAAAGAUUAAACAUCUUUUGUUUUUGUAUUUUUUGCAAAGUGGUGGCGGUUGGCCACUUUUUUUACGAAUUUUGUUUUUUGUAAUUUUUUUUUUCUUUUUUGUUUUUGAAUUUUUUUUUAAUUGCAAGAAAGAACUGAGAAAUGAUCAUCAUUUUGGUUUUGUCACAGGCAAAGAUUGUCCAUUUUGUUUUGUUAGUGUUUUUAUUUUGAUUUGAGUCACAUAAGUAAUGAUUGGUCAUCUUUUUUUGUUUUGUUUUUUGUCACAGGCAAAGAUUGUCCAUCAUUUUGUUGUUAGUGUUCGUUUUAAUUUGAGUCACAAGCAAAGGUUGUUUAAAACAAACACAACUAAAACAAAAGUAUGAUUUGAGUCAAGUAAGCCAUCUUUUGGUUUUCUUUUUUGUUUAUUUGUCACAAGCAAAGAUUGUCAAUUUUGUUUUGCUAGUGUUUGUUUUGAUUUGAGUCACGUAAGCAAUGAUUUGAUCAUCUUUUUGUUCGUUUUUUUUGUCACAUAAGCAAAAAUUUUCCAUAUUUUUGUAAGUGUUUGUUUUGAUUUUAGUCAUGCAAACAAAGAUUGUUGUUUUUCUUUUGUCACAAGCAGAGAUUGUCCUUCAUUUUGUUUUGUUGGCUUUUGUUUUGAUUUGAGUCAAAUAAGCAAGGAUUGUUUUGUUUUAUUUGCUUUUUUUGUCACAUAAGCAAAGAUUGGCCACUUUUUUUCUUUUUCUUUUUUUUUUUUGCUAGUUAUUUCUUAUAUUUCAAAAGCAAAGACUACAUUUUUAUCACAUAAUCAAAAGAAAUUGUACCAUUUUUUUCUUUGUUGCUGUUUUUCAUUUGCAAGCAAAUAUGUAUGCAAUGCUGUUUUGGGAAACCAUAGCUUUCUGUCACACGAACACUUCUCAAAGAAACUGCAUGGUAUGGACAACUCACAGAAGCAUACACAGAAGAGCGUGAUGUUAAGUCGACUCCGUUUACACCACUGCUUUGAGAGCCUGUCCAAAUCUUACAGAAACAGAGACACUACACUCCUGAAACUACUGAAAGUGGACGUCUAAGAAUGUGGCAAAUAGUUUCCACAUUCUGUAAUGCACUGAUAUUUAAAUGUGUUGUUUGAAAGGGACCGCUUUUUUAAAGCAUUUAUCUUUUCUUUUGCGCAGUUGCCUGUGUGCUGACCCCAUAAUGACCUCCAGACUGGAAUUCAAAUUUGGAAGCACAUCUUUUACACUGGUCAGUGUUCCCAUAAUAAACUAACUGGAAACCUAGAACAUGUGUU